AUGCAUUCCUCUAUUCGCCCAAAUCAACAUGUGGUCCUUCAGCUGCCCUCAGAUCAGACUCGUAUCGUCAAAUUGGUCCCAGAUACUGUCGUUCAUUUAGGGAAAUAUGGAAGCUUCGCCGCCAACCAGAUUCUCGGUCGUCCAUUCUUUCUGACAUUUGAGAUCCUCGACGCCCCCCAGAAUGACGGCUAUCAGCUGCGCAUUGUUCCCGCGGAGGAGCUCCACGCGGAAAACCUCAUCGAAGAGGCCGACGCAGACGGCGAGGGCGAAGAGGGAGAGUCAGGAUCUGCUACGCCCAUACCCAUGCGCACAAAUCGCAAUAUCACCGACGAUGCGUCAACGCAGAAAUUGACCACCCAAGAGAUCGAGGAGUUGAAAAAGAAGACUAGCGGCGCGGGCAAGGAGAUCGUCGCACGACUGCUGGAAUCUCAUACCCUCUUGGAUAAAAAAACUGCCUUUUCGCUUGCCAAGUACACAUUGCGGAAGCGAAAGAAGUACAUCCGCAGAUUUACAGUCUUGCCCUUGGACGUUGGCUUCCUCACCAACUUUCUGCUCGAGCAACGGGACGCUCAACGGACGAUGGAACUCCGCGAUGAGCACGUGGGCCUGCUUGGCUGUUUGGGCAACGUGCAUCACGGCGGCCAGUCAGACCUCAGUGCGAUUUCGUCGGUGCGGCCUGAUGGCCGGUAUUUUGUGGUCGACGAAACCGGCGGGCUCGUGGUCGCGGCCAUGGCUGAGCGCAUGGGCAUCUUAUACCCGGAGGAGGAUGACGAGGAUGCGGAACCUGUUGAGAGCUCUGGUACGGCACACGGAGAGGUAGAAUCCUCAGAUAAAAAGUCGACCACAUCCAUGCCUCGGCAUAAGCGUCCUCGCCCCAUGUCCGCGCAAGGGAACACUAUCACGGUGAUUCACUCCUACUCGCAACCGAACCUGUCCUUACUGAAGUACUUUGGCUACGACAUCAACACCCCUGACGAAUCUCACCCGCUGCAUACUCACCUCAAGACCGUGUCAUGGUUGCAACUCGUGGACCCCGCAACAGAUCCCAUUCUGUCGAGCGAGCCCCCAGCCCUGUCCAGUGAGGAGCUUGCAGCACUGAAAGCUAGCAAGCGUACGGCUUACUUCUUCAAGCGAAAUCGCUGGGAGAAGUUCCGCGCUGUCACAGAUGAGGCUCGUGCCGGAGGAUUUGACGGUCUGGUUGUGGCUACCCUUUUAGAACCCGCAGGCAUCCUCAAGCAUACGAUACCCCUUCUGUCCGGCUCUGCGGCGGUGGCCGUCUACUCCCCUUUCAUUGAACCGCUCACUGAACUCAUGGAUCUCUACUCAACUGCCCGGCGCACCGCUUUCAUCAACAAAAAACGGGAACUGGAGAAUUCCAGGUCGUCAGAAGAAGAGACCUUGGACAUCAGUCCCCUCCUCGAGGAGUUCACCCUUGACCCCACACAACUUUUGCCUCCCACCCUUCACACCACCCGUGUACGUGCUUGGCAAGUCCUGCCUGGCCGAACACAUCCGCUCAUGACGGGUAGGGGAGGGUCGGAAGGAUAUCUCUUCCACGGCGUGCAUGUCAUUCCUACCUCGGCGAAUAUUCAAGCCGCAGGCACCUUCCGAAAGAAGCGCAAGGUGGAAGAAACAUCCACCCCAGCAAGUGAUCGGGAUGUGGAAAUGGCGUCGUAA